AUGCGUACUGUUGCAAUGCAACGCCAACUGGAGUACACACGGUGCACUGCAGAUUCUGUCGACGUCAGUGGGGUUCUGGAUGCACCAGAGGUGAUGAUCAAUGGCACCAUAUUUACCAGCAAGUGGUGCCAUAUCUGUAAGAUCUACCGUCCCCCAAGAUGUCGACACUGCUACAGCUGCGAUGUGUGUAUAGAGGAUCUUGACCAUCACUGUUUCUUCCUUAAAAAGUGCAUUGGGAAAAGAAAUCAUCGUUUUUUCUACACUUUACUCUUUUCCUUAACCGUCUAUUUUCUUCUCAUGUUUUCCUUCUGCACUAUCUUUCUAGUGAAAAAUCCCAAUGCACUAUUUCUAUCCAAGAUCACCACUUUUAUUCUUGCUACAAUUUCGCUUCUUGCUUCUGUACCGUUAUUUUUCUUUUUCGCUUUCCACACUUACCUCAUCGCAGCUGGAAUGACCACGUAUGAGCAGAUUUUGAGGACAUAUAAAAGCGACAAGAAUCCUUUUCACAAAGGAUGUUGGAGAAACUUUACUGCCCUGUUGUUCGGUAACCAGCUAUCGAGUUGUAAAACAGUGACUGAAGUCACUGAAGUCACUGUGAUCCCAGGUCAUCUGGUGGAAUGUCCAUCCGUCAGUUCAAAGUGUGCAGACACCACAUCUACGACUUUUAUAUCCAUCCUAUCUCGUUCCAAUGCUGUUGUUCCACUACCUGUCACUUUUGUUCCUACUUUGCCCAACCGCCCUCAAAGUGCCCCCUUGCCCACUUUCUCUUACCUUAAUGAAAACUCUGGUGCUCCAUUUCAAACUCUUUCCUCUCAACUGGUCUAUUUACCUGUUACCACAUUAUCUACCCAUUCCCCUGACAAUACUCACGCCAGCUCCCUCUCCUUAUAAAUGUCCUGCCUAAAUCUUAACUUCCACUGCUCGGAUCAACAGAACUGGAACGAAUAUAACAAACUAUUUUCCUUGCU